UACUCUCACUUUUUAAUGACCACUUUUAAAAACAGUUGUGACUGAAAAAGCAUACAAGUGAUUUUAAUGUGUGUUCUUUUUACAGGGUCCAGUGCUGUGACAACUGUGUUUGUGCAGAAAGGGAAGGAUUUACAUCUGGAUGUUAACAAACCUGUUGAUAUACCAGAAUUUUAUGAAUUUAGGUGGAGAGUCAAUGACACUCACAAUGUAGUGAGAGUAGCUCCUGAUAACAAAACAAGAAUAGUUCCCAGUUAUAAAGGAAGGGUUGAGUUUUUUGUACAAAAUCACUCUUUGCUUUUGAAGAAUGUGCAACACAAUGACAGUGGAGAUUACACUGCACUCAUAAGUGGGGACCAAAACCAACAUGUAGCUGAAUACAAGGUCAUAAUUCAAGAUCCAGUGUCUCCAGUUAAUCUGUCAGUGAACUCUGUGUCUAACAGCAGAGAGUCCUGUAACCUCACUGUGACCUGCAGCACAGAGGACUCUCUCAUCAACAGCACUUGUGAUGUGACAAACAAAACCUGCAAUCAGGAGGGAGGAGAGCAGUCAAAUAACACAACCUCUGGUUCUUCUCUCCGUGUCUACCUGUUGAAUGACUCCAUCAUCUGUAACCAUAGCAACCAGGUCAGCUGGACCAGAGACAUGAAGGAGAUUCGGUCUCUCUGCUCUCUAACUGCUGGAGGCACAUCGAAACAGCAGCCUGCUGUGCUGGCUGUCUGCAUUUACACCUUAGGAGCUCUGUAA